UCCGGGGAUUGGGAGCGGCCCCCCCGCCGGCCCGCGGUGUGAUUGGAGCCGGGGCGGCCGGCGGGCCGAUAAAAGGGGCGGCGGGCGGCGCUCCCCGCUCCGGGCCGGGCCAGGCGGCGGCGAUGCCGGGCCGGGCGGAGCCGUCGGGGGGACGCGCGGCGGCGGGGCCGGGGCCGGGCCUGGGGGCCCCGGGGACGGAGGCGCGACCGAGCGGCGCGGGGCUGCGGGCCAAGGGCUUCGCCAUCACUGACUUGCUGGGGCUGGAAGCCGAGCUACAGCCGCCCCCUGGCCCGCCCCCCGCUGCCGCCGCCGGGGGCUACGAGAGUGGCGGGGCGCUGGGGCUGGGGCUGGGGCUGCUGUGUGGGCUGGGGGGGCCGGGAGCCCCCUGCCUCCUGCCCGCCCCGCUGCCGCUGCUGCCCGCCCGCGGCCCCCGCCCGCCCCCCGGGCCGCCGCCCGCCGCCCGCCGCCACAAGGAAAACAUCUCCGACGAGGACAGCCUGUCCGGGGAUGCCGGCGAGCUGAAGAUGUCUGCAGCCCAGAUCAAGAGGAAGAAACGCCGGCACAGGACGGUGUUCACGGCUCACCAGCUGGAGGAAUUGGAGAAGGCUUUCAACGAAGCUCACUACCCUGACGUCUAUGCCCGGGAGAUGCUGGCUGUGAAGACGGAGCUGCCCGAGGACAGGAUACAGGUUUGGUUUCAGAACCGAAGAGCCAAGUGGCGGAAGCGGGAGAAGUGCUGGGGCCGGAGCAGUGUGAUGGCCGAAUACGGCCUCUAUGGGGCCAUGGUGAGGCACUCCAUCCCUCUGCCCGAGUCCAUCAUCAACUCUGCCAAGAGCGGGCUGGUGGGAUCAUGCGCCCCGUGGCUGCUGGGCAUGCACAAAAAGUCCAUGGAGGUGAACAGGAAGGCAGAGAGCCAAGAGAAGCUGGCAGAUGGCUGGCGAGUGGAGCAGGAGGAGGAGGAACUCAAAGGGAAGCAGGCCAGUUCCCAGAGGGGCUCCGACAAGCUUGGCCCUGCAAAAGGUUUGGAGGACACAGCCAUCGACCUCUCCAGGACAGCCAGGCAUGAGAAGAGGGGUGUACUUAGGCAGUGCAUCAACGGGGACCCCCCCACGGAGCAGAACGACAGGGACCACUGAGCUCAGGCCACCCCGCAGGAGGCCAGACCUCACAGCUUCCUGGCGAGAUAAUAAUAUUUAUUGAGAGAUAUAUAUAUUUUUUCUUAAAUAAUUGAACUUUUAUCUGAAUUCAGGGCAUUUUAAAACUGGGCACACACACCCCCUUGUCCCCUCCUUUCAAGCUGUUCACUUCUCAGCAGAGCCAGGGUGGAGGGUGGGAGAGGUGUCUCAGUGGGGCUGGGAGCAGUGUGAUAACUGGACUGCACUGUGGUCAGCACAGACCAUUGCUGGGGCAGAGCUGCCCUUCCCCUCUGGGCUGUGGGUGCUUCCCAGCUACCCAGGAGCACACAGCGCAGCAAUGCAAUGGGAUUCGCUCCGUUCUCAAGUGUGCGGGUGCAAGGACGGUGCAUGAGUUCACAGACGCCUUCUCCGAGCACUUCCACUGCCACACAGUGCCUGUGCGGCGAGUCCCUCCACUUUGAACACACAAUUCUUCCACCUCGAGGAGCAGCAGAGCAGGGUUUUUAAAUGCGGUAGCGUUCAUCCUCAAGCUGGUGUAGCCCGACAGGACGUGCCCGUUUAUACCUCCUGAGGAUCUGGCCUGCCAAUGCAGCCUUAUCACUGGAUUUACACUGUGUAGCUUCCUUAACUCAUGUUUGGGAGAAGGGGGUAAAGCCAUUUCUGUUUUUGCAAUGAUUUUGUAUACUCUUGAAUGUUAUCUGCUACACUAUGCAUAAUAGAACAGACCUUUUUUAAAACCAAGCCAUAGUACCCUGGAGCAACUAAAAAAAAUUGUGAAUUGACAUAAGAAGAUAUUUUGUAAUUGUCUGUAAAAAGUGUUAAUGUCAGAGCUGUUUCUUGGUCAUCCUAUAUUUAUGUCUGAAAGCACUUUAGUGAUCUGGAUUUUUGAAUGUGGCUCUCCCUGUUUUGUCUGCCAUUUAUUUAUUUAUUACACAUCCAUAAAUAAAGUUGUGGUGUAUAUUUGCU